UGAUGACGAGCUUGCGAGACGACCUGUAGAAGAGAAGACGAGGGAGAAGUAAAAAUGGCUGACAGCGAAUGGAGAUUAGAGGAAGAUGGACAAUUAAAAUUAGAUGUGAAGUGUAAUAGUUUAAUUUAUCAUCCAAAUUUAAAUAUUAUUUUAGUUUUAACGAAAUCCUCCGAAGUGUUAGUAGUAGACGUUAACUCCGGGAUACUUUUGCAGAGAAGUCUUUUAUCAGAAUCAGACACUCCAAUUCAUGGACAGUAUUUGUCAGGAUACGACAAAAUCCUCCUAGCAAAUGACAAAGGCAUUGGAGUUCGCAGUGACUACAAUGGAGUUCUGCUAUUGGACACAAUCCUACAGACCCCCAUAACAAAACCCGAUGACAUCGUUAAGUUGGAGAUUCCCCUUUCAGAGGCACAUAUUUUAAAGCAGACCCUAGAAUGUAUGGACUUACAAGGUGUGGAAAGGGUUGGAUACAAAGGCUCCGAGGUUAUUGAAGAGCUUUCAAAUAAGAUAAAGGAAGCAGAUGCUAAAUCGAAGAAAGGAUUGAAAGCACAAAAAUGGAACACAGUGUGCCUGUGCGUGAGCUACAGUGCGCUGAAGUGGGUGUGCGGAGGCAUGGUGUCGGAGCUGCGACGACAGAACCGCCAUACACCCGCCCUGUCGGCCGCCUCUGCCAUCUCGGACCGGCUCAACUGGCUGCUGGAUGCUGCCGCCCCCGGCUCGGCGCCGCCUCCGCCUCUCAGUGCCGCCUCCACCUCCGAUGCGGCUACGCCGCCUCCACCACCCGAUCGCACCCUCAUGUUCAGCGAGGCCAUUCGCCGGCAGACGUUCGCCAACUGGCCGCAUAUGAACUACAAAUGGGCGCUGCCAGACCAGAUGGCUCAGGCAGGCUUCUACCACCAGCCAAACUCGGCGGGCGAUGACCGAGCCAUGUGCUUCACGUGCAUUGUAUGCCUCGUAUGCUGGGAGCCAACUGACGAGCCCUGGUCGGAACACGAACGCCACUCGCCGUCGUGUCCGUUUGUGAAGGGCGAGUACACACAGAACGUGCCACUGUCCGUGACGUAUGCCACGGCGCCCGCCAUCGUGACGCCUGCCCCCACCACCCUCCUCGCCACCUCCUCGGUGCCAGAGCUCACCGCCACAGCAGCCGCCAACAAAUCAAUAGUUGAAUGA